AUGAAUAUCUCGUUGCGUAUUGUUAUCAACAACGAAGGCAAAGAAGUUGAUCAGACUAAAUAUCGCGGCAUCAUUGGCUCAUUGUUAUACUUAACUGCAAGUAGGCCCGAUAUAUCAUUUGCCGUGGGAGUAUGUGCUCGUUUUCAAGCAAAUCCCAAAGAAAGCCAUCUAAGCGCAGCAAAGAAGAUUUUAAGAUACCUCAAGGGCACGCAAAGUGUUAGACUUUGGUACCUGAAGGGUGGAUCAUUUGAACUCGUUGGUUAUUCUGAUACUGAUUUUGCCGGAUGCAAAAUAGACAGAAAGAGUGCAUCUGGGACAUGCCAAUUCUUAGGGGGAAGGCUUAUCUCAUGGUUCAACAAGAAGCAAAAUUCUAUAGCCACGAGUACUGUAGAAGCCGAGUACAUAGCGGCUGGAAGCUGUUGUGCACAAAUAUUAUGGAUGGUGCAACAACUCAAGGAUUAUGGUGUUACAGCACGAGAAGUGAGCAUUAUGUGUGACAACACCAGUGAUAUUCUAUAUGUCUUUUUGUAUACAUCACUCAAUGAGCAUUUGAUGGCAUGUCCUUUAGUGUAA